GGAACUACUUGUCGAGCCAACAGAAAGGCGGAUCCCGGUAUUCCUUUUUGCCUUUAGGAAUUCACUUUGACCCUUUUUAGCUCGUCAUCUGGCUGCGCCCUUCCUGUCCCAAAUAAAAUUUACCACUCUUGUAGUUAAAAAAAAAAAACACUCGUGUUUUAAUCGAGCCCAACGCGCGUGCCCGCCCCGUCCAAAGGAAGAGUCCAGCAGCUAGCUAGCUAGCUCCUAGCUGAGAUAGCACGCAAACCGACAUUGACAGCUGCGAGAAACAACCGGGAAGCCACACCACAACUGCACAGGAAAAUGGGAGAUAAAGAGUUGACGUGGGCCUUGAAAAACGGGGACAUGGACGUAGUUAAAAGUCUAUUAGUAAAGACUGAGGAUGUGAAUCGGACCCUUGAGGGUGGGAGGAAGCCCCUGCACUAUGCUGCAGACUGUGGCCAAACAGAGAUGCUGGAGUUUCUGCUUUCUAAGGGAGCAGAUGUCAAUGCCCCAGACAAACAUGGGAUCACCCCACUGCUCUCUGCCAUUUAUGAGGGUCACCUCGCCUGUGUCAAGAUCCUGCUAGAAAAGGGAGCUGACAAAGAGCGAAAAGGACCGGACGGCCUCAGUGCCUUUGAAGCUGCUGAGAGUGAUGCCAUAAAGGCGCUUCUGAAGUGAGACACUGCAGCGGGGGUAGCUUGAGAGGAAGACGGGCGGAAUGACAGACGGAUGCAGUGUUUUCGGGACAGAAGACAUCCUCACCCCUUUACCCUGGUCAAUCUCUGUCUCUGUCAGCACUGCUUUUGUCUGUAUGUCGGAGAAGGUCAUUUUGUUUGGUAUUUGGUUUUCCUUAACCUUUUUUUUAUUAUUAUUUGUUUGGAAUUUCCUCUUACUUUUUGCCUCUUUCAGUAGCCAUUUAACAGGCGGACUUAUUGAUCAGGUCUCCCGUAGGGACCAAACACUGAGGGAAAAGCACCCACACAAGGACAGCGUAAACUAUGACAUGACUCCAUAUUAAAAUAAAAAAGCAAUGCUUAACACUUGAAUUAAACGCUCUUAAUUUGCAGUGUUCUCUUAAAACUGUGGAAAGAAAUAAUACAGUUACGUCGUUCUCUGUUUUGUACUGCUCCGGUUAAAAGUAUUGUACGGCCACUUCUGAAUCUCACAAACUGAAAUUUGCACUGUACUGUACAGGGUAGGUUUUUAUGGAGGAUUUAUUUGGUCACGAUUAAAAGUAAAAGCCUAGAUAGAAAAUGAAAGGAUAAAAUUAGAUGGAUUAUUUUACUCCACUACUAGGAAUAAUCAGGCCAUAAUUAAAUGUUAAAAGGAAAUCGAAAAGCAAAUUUAAAAAGUAAAAUGAUCAUUUGAAAAUGUACUGAAAAAAAGUGAAAAUUAAAACGCCUUUGCUUAAAUGGAAAUUCUCAAACUGAAAGCUUAAAUGGGGGGAAAACAACUAAAAAAUAUAUUUUUGCAUUUGACCUUUGUACCAUUUGGCAUUUUACAUUUUAUCUGUUCCAUUUUGAAUUUUUGAAAAGCCAACUGGAAAAGAUGAAGUUGAACAUGUCAGAUGUUAAAUGCCAAAUGGAACAGGUGAAAUCUAAAAUGCCAAAUGCAAAAAAAAAAAUGUUGGGGGUUUUUUUCCCCAUUUAAGCUUUUGCAUUUUUAAGUUUCACUGUUUGCGGUGUGACUUUACAUUUUCAAAUGGUUAUUUUCUUAAAUUUUCUUUUUCAAUUUCCUUUUUCUUUUUAACAUUUAAUUACGUCGCGAUUAUUCCUAGUGGUGGAGUAAAAUAGUGUAUUUUAAUUUUCUAUUCGGGCUUUAACUUUUAAUUGUGACCACAUAAAUGCUCCAUAGAUUUUAAGGGAACGGUUGUAAACUUUCAUUCUAUUAACCUGUCAUCAUACGUGGCCUCUCCUCUAACUUUGUGUGUGUUUGUUUGUGUGCGUGCGUGUACGUUUCUCUUGUAGACACAACUGUCUAUCCCAGUCCCUUGGCAUUUUGGAGCGUAGGAAGGGAUAGAACCACAGGUCACUGAUUGUCCUUUUCUACCUGGCCCUUUCUCAAUUACAUAUCAGAUGGAGUUGAUGAGCGAUGUCUCUUUAGUAACGCAUGGAAACGCUCCGUAUUCUUUGACCAAUCACCAUGCUGGCUUUCUAAAGAGUUGAAUGUGGCAACGUUGAAUAAUCAAGUUACUGAACACACUCUUGAAGCAAAAUUAUUUUAGUAUCGAAAAAUAGGAGAAGGGAUUUCAGAAAUUCAUUUGUCACCCCUGGAGUUGGAGCGGUUUCAGACCCCCGGACCCCUUGUUGUUGCAGCCUGUCUGUGUUUUGUAGUAAAUAAAAAAUGUUAGGGGGCUCUGAAGGGAAGGUAAAAGAGGUUCCGGGGUUGAAUGUGGAUAGGUGAGGGAUGGGAGGGCUUUUGGGGGACUGGGGUACUUGGGGGGGGGGGGUGUCGGUGUUAUCUUCACCUUGGAUUUGGUUAGCAGCCCUGCCUGUUUUGCUGCAUGUUGAAACUGCCUUUGCUUUUACGCUCAGAGAUGGUUGCUGUCCUCUCUUGGUUGCUUUCAAAAGAAUUACUACAAUGCAAUGAAAUAAGAUGCUCUUGCUGACUUUGUUGUGACAAAAAGUCUGUAAAAACGGAAAUAAAAAAAUGAAUAAAA